AAGUGCUCGAAUUGGAAGUCGCUGAGAUACAGAUAGGCUGGGGCUUCGUGGCAAAAAUCGUGCGAAGCUUCAUACGGUCGUUUUCGCGGGAAAAAAAUGCCAGUCGCUUGUGUGAUCGAAUGAUAACCAGAUGGAUAGAACCCUCGUUCCUUGUCUUGUCGCUCAGAGUGAGCAUCAACUAGCUUUCGCAGCUCGGACAAGGAUGCACUUUCUCGUGAUAACAAGGAAGGACAUUCGGAUCGUGCACAGCCUAACGAGGCGUGCGCAUCAAUUUGUCAUAUCAGUGAAGUAGAGCGCUGCAGCAGCAGUAGAACUACGACAGCCCCCCUCCUCCUUUCGUGGAUUGAUUUGAAAUUAACACUGUACGAGGACGAACGGCACUGCUACAAACAUGGCUACAGCUGCGAGUCGAACCGGUCCUCUGCUGGAGGUCCCACAACGCGGCUCUCUCGGUAGCGUGCCUUCGGUCAUCCUGCCUGCGCAAAGGGAUCGCCCUUUUAUUUGCGCCCCGGUCCAGGAGAUUACCGGGCGCCAGCAGGUGAAACUGGAGGGAAGCCGCAACGUGUCCUCCGAUAAUCUAUUGCCCGACACCGUCUCGCCAAACAAGGGGCAGCCGGUGUUGUGUCUGCCCAUGAUCAAGCCGUCCUCUUGUGCGGCUGGUGUGGUAUUGGGUAGUUUCGGAGUACUACUACCUGCCUUUCCGCCGACGAAAAAAAGGGGUAAAGGAGCAACAGGAGAAUCGUCAGUAAACGGCAGACGCCAGCCGGGGAGUGGGGGAAGUAGCCCAAGCAGAGGUGCGCUUCAUCAGCUUGCUACAACUCGUGUCUAUUUUCGGAACAAGUGCGACCUCAGUAAACCACAGAACCGUGGUACCACACCAGACGUUUUGAAUACGUUUUAUUUCUGACGACGUGCAGAAGUUUAAAAUGCAACGAUGUUAUAGACGAUGGCUGUUGCAGCAGAGAACAAGAGCAACAGCGGAGAAGACCAGGUGCGUUCCUACGCGGCGAAGUGCAAGAAAAACGGCGACAGCAGCCGUCUUGCCAGACUGUUCGGCG